CACACACACACACACACACACACACAGUUUGUAUCCACGGAAGGUCAUUUGUGCGCUCUGCUCAAAGCAAAGGGUUUAAUUAAGUAUCAGAGGAUUGUGUGUGCCACUGUGUGCCCUAAACCUUUCAGGAACAGUUUCAGAGUUUGUUGGGAUUUAUAAUGAGUUCUCAGGGUUUGGAGAAGCUCCGAAUGACCGGUGCUGGGAAAGCCAUAGCCGUGCUGACCAGUGGAGGGGAUGCGCAAGGUAUGAACGCCGCGGUCCGUGCCGUCACUAGGAUGGGUAUAUAUGUUGGAGCCAAGGUGUAUCUGAUUUACGAGGGUUACCAGGGUCUGGUGGAUGGAGGAGACAAUAUCAAACUGGCGCACUGGCACAGCGUAACCAACAUCAUCCAGCUGGGUGGGACAGUGAUCGGCAGCGCUCGCUGUAAAGCCUUCACCACACGGGAAGGACGUCUGGCUGCCGCCUACAACCUUGUGAACCGUGGGAUCACCAACCUCUGUGUGUGUGGAGGCGACGGCAGCCUUACAGGAGCGAACAUCUUCCGAAGCGAGUGGAGUGAACUACUCGCCGAGCUGGAAGCCAAAGAAAGGAUCACUGCUGAGACAGCAAAAAAGUAUAGCCACCUAAACAUCGUGGGUUUGGUGGGCUCCAUCGAUAAUGAUUUCUGUGGCACUGACAUGACCAUCGGAGCAGACUCAGCCCUCCAUCGCAUCAUGGAUAUCGUGGACGCCAUCACCACAACUGCCACCAGCCAUCAGCGCACAUUUGUCCUGGAGGUUAUGGGACGACACUGCGGAUAUCUGGCUCUGGUGUCUGCAUUAGCGUCUGGAGCAGACUGGCUCUUUAUUCCCGAAGCUCCUCCGGAGGAUGACUGGGAGGAUCUCAUGUGUGCUCGGCUUGGAGAGAGCCGAAGUAAAGGAUCCAGACUCAACAUCAUCAUCGUUGCCGAGGGAGCAAUCAACAGAAAAGGCGAGCCCAUCUCUUCCAGCUACAUCAAAGAUCUCGUAGUGAAGCGGCUGGGUUAUGACACCAGGGUGACUGUUCUGGGCCAUGUGCAAAGGGGAGGAACUCCUUCAGCAUUUGAUCGAGUACUAAGUAGUAAGUUGGGCAUGGAGGCAGUGGUGGCAUUGAUGGAGGCGACUCCGGAUACACCUGCCUGUGUGAUUGGCCUGUCCGGUAACCGGUCGGUGAAGCUGCCCCUCAUGGAAGCAGUGGAAAUGACUAAAGCGGUACAGAAGGCAAUGAACGAGCAGAGGUUUGAGGAGGCCAUUCAACUGCGUGGAAGGAGCUUUGCGAACAACUGGAGUAUUUACAAGUUACUGGCAUACCACAAGCCUGCUCACGUCACGAGCAACUUCUCACUUGCAGUCCUGAACGUGGGAGCUCCAGCAGCUGGUAUGAAUGCAGCUGUGAGGUCUGCAGUGAGGGUGGCACUGGCAUCUGGCCACAAAGUCUACACAGUUUCUGAUGGAUUUGAGGGUCUUGCCAAUGGAGAGGUUAAAGAGAUGUCUUGGAGUAGUGUUGCUGGUUGGACUGGUCAAGGUGGCUCAGUUCUGGGGACUAAACGAACCCUACCAAAAGCCUGCAUGGACAAAUUAGUUGAAAAUCUUACCAAGUACAGCAUCCAGGCACUGCUAGUAAUUGGAGGCUUUGAGGCCUAUGAAGGGGUACUGGAGCUGUAUGAUGCCAGGGGCCACUACAAUGAGCUGUGCAUACCCAUGUGCAUCAUUCCUGCUACCAUCAGCAACAAUGUCCCUGGCACCGAAUUUAGCCUGGGUGCUGAUACUGCUGUCAAUGCAGCUAUGGAGAGCUGUGAUAAAAUCAAACAGUCAGCUACAGGAACAAAGAGGAGGGUAUUUGUGGUGGAAACCAUGGGCGGAUAUUGUGGAUACCUGGCAACCACCACUGGCAUUGCUGUUGGAGCAGAUGCUGCAUAUAUAUUUGAGGAGCGUUUCAAUAUAAACGAUCUGAAGACGAAUGUUGAGCAUCUGUCAGAGAAGAUGAAGAAGGACAUCCAGAGGGGUCUGGUGCUGAGGAAUGAGAAAUGCCAUCCACAAUUCAGCACCGACUUCAUCUAUAACCUCUACACUGCUGAAGGAAAUGGAGUGUUCGACUGCAGGGUCAACGUACUCGGACAUCUCCAACAGGGAGGCGCACCUUCACCUUUUGAUAGGAACUUUGGCACAAAGUUGGGCGUGAGGGCCGUGCAGUGGCUUUCUGAGAAGAUGGCUGCCACCUUCAGACAAGAACUGAUACCAAAUGAUGCCUCUCAAUCAGGUUCAGUGUUUGCCAACUCCCCGGACACUGUGUGUGUGUUGGGUCUGAAUGGCAAAGGACUGACGUUCACUCCUGUGCCUGAACUAAAGGAGCAGACUGACUUUGAGCACAGAAUGCCGAAAGAGCAAUGGUGGCUGAGUCUGCGACUGCUACUCAAGAUGCUGGCUAAAUACCAGACCAGCUUCGAUCAGUACGUCACAGGAGAGAUUAGACACGUGACCCUUCGUUCUCUCAGUCAAGAUGAAGGGUUUUAGACAGUCACACACAUAACACUGAUGUUCACCAGCUUGCCCAUUAACACAAUCUAUGCUAUGGGAUUUCGUAAAUGCUUUCUGUGGCCAAACUAGAUCGCUUGUUUAUGGCUUCAACAUUUUUAUAACUCGAUUUCAUCUUUGGUGCUCUAUCUGAAGCAGGGAACAACAGUAUUCUUGAUAGUGUAUAAACUCUCAAGGGCUGAAUUAACAAAAAUCUCUUUCCAGUGUUCUUCCGGCAAUAAGAGUUCCGAGCUACUUACAUUCAUUUCAUCAGCAACUGACUUAUUCGUUAGGAAUCUGAAGUGAACUCGAUGAAAUCACAUUUAAAAUGUUAUAUUAUAUAUAUUUUUUAAAAAUGACGAUUAAAAAAAGAUUCAUUUAACGGUUAGUUGGCAUUUGGAAGGAAGUGUGUGAAGAUCUGUUUGACAUUCAGGUAUUUCUUGACCAUUUUUAGAUACUGUCAUUAGGAUCUGCUUUAAUGCUAAAGGCUUUAACCUUAAAAUUAGGACUAACACUAAAUUACCAGAGAUGCCACUUAAACUAUAAUUACUGAUAUAUCAAAUAUAUAUAUAUAUAACAAAAUAUAUAAUUAUUUAUAACUGUAAAUCCUACAAUAGAAAUGUUAAAGGUCUAACAGCAGCGUUCUCUGUUGUACACAAUGGUCUAAUUUACUUUUUUUUUUUUUUUUGUAAACACUGGAACAUUCGACAUUCAAAAUCUAAGCUUCUCAUUCAUGAUUGUGUCAUUUUGUGCCUAUAUACUGUAAUGUGAUGUGUAUUCAUUCUCAGUGUGACAUGUGAAGUUAUUUAUAAGCCUAGAAAGAGCAUUUAUAAAGAACAUAGCGUCCAAUAUUGUGGGGCAUUUUGUGAAAUUGUUCUAUUCACAGUGUUUUGAUGACAUUUACUGUUGAUAUGUACAAAACCAACCAGACUAACUUUCUACCUGGUUUUUGUUUCACACUGUAACACUCCUCUGUUUAAAGUAAUGGAAAAAUAGAAACUUAAAUGUGAAAUGAAUGCCACAAAUACACAUAUAAAAGUGAUUGAAACAAA